AUGGAAACCAGAGCUGCAAAGAAAAGAAGGCUGAUUGAGGAAGAAAACAAACCCAACGGACGAGGCAGGGACAGGUUGAGCGAUCUUCCAGAUGAUAUAGCGCACCACAUACUCUCCUUCUUACCUACCAAAUCUAUUGCAAGAACAAGUGCUUUAUCUCAAAAAUGGAGAUAUUCUUUUCCUAUCCUCGACUUCUACGAGCUUUCUCAUGGUUGGAUGAUUAAGGAGUCUAAGGCGAGAGAAGAUUAUGAUGAACAAGUUAAAAGAAUAUUAUCUUCACACAGGGUUCAAGAACUUGUUCUCCAUAUUUGGUUCAGUCCCCACGCGUUUGAUUUGCCUUCCGUAUUGGAGUGUGAUUCACUGAGGAGUCUCACAAUGACAGGCAGUUUUAGAUAUGAACCCAGAACUCCAAGAAAUCUGUACCGGUGGCAGCAUCCGUUUUGGUUUUCUUAUGUUAAGGGUACCAGCGGUCUCCGCAAGCUUCACAAUUUGUCUCUAACUGGCGUGGAUUUCUCGGAUGGUGAUUUAUUUUCGGAUUCUUCAUUCCCUUUCCUUGAGAAAUUGACUAUACGCUCUUGUGUUGGAAAGCCUCAUCUCGAAAUUUGUUGUCCAAACCUUAAAGAUCUACAAGUUUUCAGUGUCAGCCAGUUGAAUAGCGUGGACAUAUCAGGAAUGAGACUAGAGACUUUGAAAUUCACCCAGUGUUUCGGAGAAUGCUGUAAAUGGAACAACAAUUUGUUGGACAAUGGCCGCUACACUGAAGAGCAAUUCUGGGAGGCUCAAGCUCAAACUCCGAGUCCCUUCCUAUGCCACCUGAAGGUGGUGAAGAUUAGGGUUUUCCGAAAGAUUGGGCAUGAGGGUGUGAUUAGCAUAGCAAGGUUCUUGCUUGAACAUGGAAAGAACUUGCAGGAAAUGAUUAUUAUUACUCCGAAGUAA